GUUAAUGGCGCGCGUUCAAAACCAGCCAAAUUGUGUUUUUAAAUUUAGUAUGUUUCAAGGGAUGGUUUUGGGGUUGUAAAUGAUGCGAAUUGAAUUUGUUGUAAAUUCGUAUCGGUGCUUACGUAAUGAAAAAAUUUUAAGACAAGAUCGGCUACGUCACUAUUUUCGAUCACGUGACUUACCGUUAGACGCCAUAUUGGCAGUUUAGUGCAGUGCUAGGGGUUAGUGACGUGAGUUUUGUUGUUCUCUCGUGUUUUUUAUACAAAUACAAUGGACGAAUUUUAAAAGAAAUUGAAAUUUUUGACUUUCGGUGUGUCGUUUUCUCGUGUUUGUGUGUCGGCGGAUUUGAAAAUCGCGGGUUGUCAAAGGAUUUUGUUCGGGUAUUUACGAGUGUGACAGACACACACAGACAACACAUCCAUUGGCGGCGGUGCAGAUGGUCGUUGUGGUGGUCGAUGGACGAUGGCGGGAAUCUGAAGGAUAAUUCGCGUCUAUGGUGCAUAAAUGGAGAUGGCAGCAGAAGCUGAAAUGGGUGAAAUUGAAGAAAUGCAUUCAAAAGAAGAAGAAGAAGGUAAUUUUCGUCAAAAUUAUGAAUUGUUAUUAAAUUGUGGUGUAGUUCCAGACGAUCAAAUCUUAAACGGGGAGAUAUCGGAAGUGGAAAAUGGCAACGAUGAUGAGAAUAGCCAAAGUAGCAUCAAAAAGGGUCAAACCACCGACGAUACGGAUUCAAUGGAUGUAGAUGAACAAAUCGAGUCGCCACCGGACAACACCAACAAGAGCGAAAAAGAUGACAAUACGGAACCGGAUGAAGGUGAAACGGAAAAAGACGAUGAUGACGGUGAUAGUGUUAAGAGCGAUAGUGACUCUAAAACCAGUGAUAUGGCAAAUGGAAAAAGCGCCGAUGAAGAGGUACACGAAAUCAUCGACGAUGAUGACGAUAGUGUGAAAAAUGGUUUAGAAAAAGACGACGAACCAAUUGAAUUGAACGAUUCGGGUGAAGGUGAGGGUGAUGGUGAUGUCAUGAUCAUCGAAGAACCCAAAGAAAAUGGUUCCUUGGAAAAGAAUGAAUUGGAAGUGAUUGAAUUGGAUACAACACCGAUUAAAAAACACAAAGAUUUGACGAUUUUACCACCAAGAAGAAGUGUAAGGAAUAUGAAUAAGACGAAGAGUUAUGUUGAGAGUGAAAAGGACGAUCAUUUAACACAUUCGCAUUCGUCAGAAGAGUCAGAUAUUGAAGAGGUGUUACCUCAGGAUCCUCUUGCAAUGUCUAAUGAUAAAAUCGAAGUGAAACGAUCAAAACACUCCAAUUCAUCGACGAUUGUCGUUAAAGACACAAAACGAUUGGUUGAAAUUGCGGCUAAAAGUAACUCGAAUAAUUCGGGUAACAAAAAAGAACCAACUUUGGUGAUUAUAGAUACGAAUUCGAUUUUAUCAGGUCGAGGGCCGGUCCCUGUCAAUAACAAAUCCUCGUCUUCGUCCAGUCAAUAUCCGACUUUACUCCCAAUGGCCCUUCCCGCCCAAGGUAUGUAUCCUCCAAAUAUGAGAGCAACCAUCACUCCAAUCCCUUUAAAUUCCUCCUCAGCAUCAACCACACCUCCACCUCCUCCCCUGACAAAAGCACCAUCAUCUUCGACGUGUAUAAAUCCAGCGGCUUUAGCGCCAGUAUUACCAACUUUAACCGAUGAUAUGUUCGUUGUUGAAGCGCCCUCUUUUAUCGUACCUUAUGUAUACGAAAAACCGCCAGUUUCCGAUUUUAAAGACUUUCUCAAAGAAAUCGCCGAUAAAAUAACGGAAAACAAAGACGAUGAAAAGGAGAAAUCUGACAAUGAUGAAGCGAAAGAUGACAAAGAUGACGAUGUAUUAGAUCCUUUGAAGAAAACUUAUUCGUAUUUUGACAGUCCACUAGGAAAAUUUUUCAUCGAUAUUGGCUUUAAUCUAGUUCAGGAAUUUGUUCAAGCCGAUAUGUUAAGACAGCAAAAGAAGAAACGAGACCGAGAAGGUGGUCAAAAUCCAACAACCAAUAAAACAAUUCACUCGUUGAUGAAAAAUCUCGAAUUUACAAAGGAGAAUAAUGAACCGUUUAGGACAACGUUGAAGAAAUGUGAAUUUUGUAAUUUCAAAACGGAAUCACAAUUGGUUAUGGCACACCAUUUGGAAACACCACAUACGAAGAAUUAUGUUUACAAGUGCAAUUUUUGUACUUAUGAGGCUCGUAGCCCCCAUGACAUUCUUUUUCACAUGGAGGCGGAACAUGCUGUUCGUGGUCGUCUCGAACGCGCCCCUUCGUUCCACCAAUGUCCCAAUUGUCCAUUCGAGGACAAUCAAAAGGGUAAAUUAUCGCGUCAUCUGGUGGCGUGCAUGCGUAAAUUCAAACCGGAGAGGAAUUUGGAUGCGCCCAUCGAUUGGGAACCACCGGCGAAAAUACCGAGAGUGCCUAAGGCCCGUCAGGGAAUUAAUGUGUCCGCAUAUCAAGCGAUGAAAUCAUCACAAUUGCAAUUCUUAUCAAAGAUGCAAUUGUUGAAUGCGAAUUCGUCAACGUCGUCGUCGCAAGCCUUACAUCGGGGUAGAGGAAGACCCUCAUUGGGUGCACCGAUUAAACAAUCGAUGAUCAAGCCUUCCGGAAUGGUUUAUAAACAGACGAUGAGCGGGGGAUCGGUUUUGGUGCCGACUAAUUAUCAAGUCAGCGGAAAUCAGGUGUAUCAGGUGGUGGGUGGACAGGAGUUGGGUGGUCGACUAGGUCAUCCUGGUAUGGCUUUUGUCCCCAACAUACCUUCCGCCUCUAGCACAGUCACCAUUCAGAACCAAUCAAAGAAUAAGUCUGUCCAUCAGCCAAGCAUUUCGAUAACACCACUACCUCGUGCAUCGGCCUCGCCCAAUUCGAAUCUAACAUCCAAGCCUGGUGAUACGAACUCAAAGAAUUCGUUCGUUAUUUGUGAGAUCUGUGAUGGUUACAUAAAAGAUUUAGAACAAUUGAGAAAUCACAUGCAAUGGAUACACAAAGUUAAAAUACAUCCGAAAAUGAUUUAUAAUCGGCCGCCUCUAAACUGCCAAAAGUGCCAAUUUAGAUUUUUCACCGAUCAAGGAUUGGAAAGGCAUCUUUUAGGAUCACACGGUUUGGUGACAUCAAGUAUGCAAGACGCUGCCAAUAAGAGUAAAGAUGCUGGACGGUGUCCUGUAUGCGGACGGGUUUAUCAAUGGAAAUUGUUGAAUCACGUUGCCCGCGAUCAUAAUAUGACUUUGAAGCCUGCGCAUCUUUCGUACAAGUGUACAGUGUGCACGGCCACCUUUGGCAUGUAUAAGCAAUUUGAGAAUCAUGUUUAUUCGGCACAUAGUGUGGUGGCGAAACGUGUCAUGGAUAAGAAGAAUUCGAGCAAAAAUGAUCAAAUGAUGAAACCGUUGAAGAUCAAUGAUGAAAUAACGAUAAUUCCACAGCCGGCUAAGGCGGCCACCACGAGCAAAGAAGGGAGUCCUUCGUCGUCUACAGGGUCAACAAACUCGCGCAAUAGCACUCCGAGUACUAGCAAAAAUGCUGAUGCUACAGCAGUAAGCAAUUCGUCGGCCGAAAACGCAUCAAGUGAUGCGAAGGCUGCGGAUUAAACGUCUUAGUGCGUGGUGUGUGAACAGUUAUUUAACAACAAAUAACUUUAUAAAUAAAAAAAUGGACCAAGCGGUUUCACUGUGAGACAUGCUGUCUAACAUGUAUUUGCAUUAUAUUCUCUAUUUAUUACUGUAAAAUAUAAAGUAAAAAAUUUGAUUUUCAUAUGGUAUAGGAUAGACCGAAUUUAAGUAAUGUUGCACUUGCAAAGAAGACUAAAGAAUAGAUUAGAAUUAUUAUAUACAUGUGUUUCUUUAGUUUUACAUUAUCAAAAUAAAUGAUUUUAAUGUUUGUGACAUAAACUCUCACAUGUUGUAUUUAUUUUUAUAAACCUUUUUGUUGAUUAUCAUUUCUCAAAUAAAACCGUAGUGUUAUUCUUUUGAGUA